AUGUUUACUCAAUUUUUUACGAAAUUAAGUCAAAAUUACCUUGAAUUAUUGAAAGAUGAUAAAUAUUAUGAUACAACAAUUGAAGUUGGUGAAGACCCUAACGUAAAAAUAUUUCAUGCUCAUAGUGCUCCGAAUGAUACGAGUCAACCCGGUCUAGGAGAAAAUAAGAGCUAG